AUGAAGUCAAAGAAAAAGGUAACGAAUAAAUUAGUUGAGGUUUGGGCAGAAAACAGAAACAUGAAGAGAUUCAAAGAUGUUGGAUCCAGUGUUGGCCAACUGGACCAAAUUGGACUAAUUGGACUUAUAAAACUGGACCAUUGGACUUAUAAUUCCAGUAACUGGACUUAUAGUCCAAGUCCUGGAAGUCGAAAAGGCGUUUGUGAUACGUUGAAUGGAAUAACGUUACAAUUAAAGAUUACUAGUGCUACAUCUUACGCUGUUGAUGCAAGGAAGAAGAGUGUUGGUCCCACAUCGAUACAGCGUGCAUAUGAUUCUUUGAAUAAGAAUCGCCAAAAAAGAACGCAAGAUAAAGAUAAAGAAAAUGUACCUCCGUCAAAAAAGAAAAUAAGAAUACUAGAACACGAGAUAGUGGAUUUAAGAAAGCAGCCCAGUGACUGGACUUAUAGUUCAAGUCCGGUCAAAAAUAAAGGGUAUAAUACCGAAGAUAAUCGUCUUAAAUGGACCCUCGAUGGUGUAGUAACGGGACAUAUUGAAUUUUCUACAUUAUUAUUCCUACUUGAAAUAAAAAAUGAGAUCGGAACUGGUCGUUGCGAUUCUACAACACAAAAGGGAUUGUCAAAUGUUCGGCGCUGGCUCAAGAAAAGUUUAGGCAUUUUCGAAUCCAAGCCCAACACUGGCUACGACCAGUGUUGGUUAACUGGAUUGAAGACCAUUGGACUUAUAAUUCCAGUAACUGGACUUAUAAAGGUGGCCAACACUGGCUACGACAGAUGA